CGACACUUGCGGCAGCCGUGGCGGCAGCGGCCAGUCCCGUCAGCUGAUUUCCAGCGGCGGCUGCGUUGAGCCCCGGCGGAGGGGCGAGCAGGAAGCGGAGCCGGCGAGGGCGGUCGCGGAGGCUCAAGGCGACCUUCUUGCAGCAGGGGGAGACGCGGGAGGCUGCUCCCCGCAGACGAAGCAGGCGUGAAACCAUAAUGGCGGGCAACAGUUUGGUCCUGCCAGUCGUGCUGUGGGGACGCAAAGCUCCUACUCACUGUGUAUCCGCUACGCUAUUAAUGGACGAUGUUUCUAUGAUCAUCACAGGAUGUCACGAUGGGCAGAUAUGUCUAUGGGAUCUCUCUUCCGAUUUAGAAAUUUAUCCUAGAGCUUUGUUAUUUGGUCAUACAGCAUCAAUCACUUGUUUAUCCAAAGCCAGUUCUUCAAGUGAAAAACAGUAUAUAGUGAGUGCAUCUGAAAGUGGAGAAAUGUGCCUUUGGGAUGUGAACGAUGGAAGGUGCAUUGAAUUUACAAAAUUAGCCUGCACUCAUACUGGCAUACAGUUCUAUCAAUUCACAGUUGGGACUCAGCGUGAAGGGAGAUUGUUGUGUCAUGGCCAUUAUCCAGAAAUUCUUGUUGUGGAUGCUACCAGCCUUGAAGUUCUUUAUUCCUUGGUGUCGAAGAUUUCUAAGGACUGGAUCAGUUCUAUGAGCAUUAUUCGAUCUCAUAGAACACAAGAGGACACUGUUGUAGCAGUAUCUGUGUCUGGCAUUCUUAAAGUAUGGAUUGUAACUUCUGAACUGAGUCACAUACAGGAUACGGAACCAAUCUUUGAAGAGGAAUCUAAACCAAUUUACUGUCAGAACUGCCAGAGCAUUUCCUUCUGUGCAUUUACCCAAAGAUCACUUUUGGUAGUUUGUUCUAAAUACUGGAGGGUCUUUGAUGCUGGAGAUUAUUCCUUAUUGUGCUCAGUCCCAAGUGAAAAUGGACAGACAUGGACAGGAGGUGAUUUUGUGUCAGCAGACAAAGUGAUAAUAUGGACUGAAGAUGGACAAAGUUUUAUAUAUAAACUGCCAGCCAGUUGCUUACCAGCUAGCAAGUCAUUUCGAAGUGAUGUUGGAAAAAUGAUUGAAAACCUCAGUCCUCCUCAACUCUACUGUACUAUAGACCAAGGAGAGCAGAAAGCAGACAAACAGUUAUUAAUCUGCCCUCCUGUCACUCAGUUCUUCUAUGGACGUAGGGAGUGUUUCCAUAAAUUACUAAUCCAGGGAGACUCUUCAGGGAGGCUCACCAUUUGGAAUAUUCCAGAUUCAGUUGACAAGGAAAAUAUGACUGAAGGAUUGCCGGUUACUACGACUAUUUCUCUACAAGAAGCGUUCAGCAAACUUCACCCGGCUGGUAUUAUAGACCAGCUGAGUUUCAUCCCAAAUAGUGACGAGCCUUUGAAGGUGACAGCAAGCGUCUACAUCCCAGCACACGGGCGACUGGUGUGUGGACGUGAAGACGGAAGUAUUGUGAUUGUUCCAGCCACUCAGACUGCCAUAGUUCAGCUUUUACAAGAUGAACACAUGUGCAGAAGAGGUUGGCCACCUCACAGAACUCUGCGGGGUCAUCGAAACAAAGUCACCUGUUUGCUGUAUCCUCACCAGGUCUCCUCUCGUUAUGAUCAAAGAUACCUGGUCUCAGGUGGUGUAGAUUUUUCGGUCAUUAUCUGGGACAUCUUUUCUGGAGAAAUGAAGCACAUCUUCUGUGUGCAUGGUGGAGAAAUCACUCAGCUUUUGGUUCCUCCAGAAAAUUGCAGUUCAAGAGUGCAGCACUGCGUGUGUUCUGUGGCCAGUGACCACUCAGUAGGACUUCUAAGUUUACGUGAAAAGAAGUGCAUCAUGUUAGCCUCCCGGCACCUUUUUCCUAUUCAAAACAUAAAGUGGAGACCUUCGGAUGACUAUCUCAUUGUGGGUUGUACAGAUGGUUCUGUAUAUGUAUGGCAAAUGGAUACUGGUGCACUUGACCGAUGUGUAAUGGGAAUAACGGCAGUUGAGAUCCUGAAUGCUUGUGACGAAGCUGUACCCGCUGCAGUUGAUUCUCUCAGCCAUCCAGCUGUCAACUUAAAGCAGGCUAUGACCAGACGUAGCCUCGCUGCGCUAAAAAAUGUGGCUCAUCAGAAACUUCAGACCCUCGCUACGAAUCUGUUGGCAUCUGAUUCCUCUGAUAAAAACACAGCCCUUAUUUCCCCUGAGAAUUUACAGAAAGCAUCUGGCAGCUCUGACAAAGGAAGUCCCUUCCUGGCUGGCAAACGAGCUGCAGUCCUGCUUCAGCAGGUCAAAGAAACCGUCAAAGAAACCAUCAAAGAAAACAUAAAAGAACGUCUUUUUGACGAAGACGAUGAGGAUGAGGAAGCCAGACAAAGAAGAGAGGACGGUGACCCCGAAUACCGGUCCAGCAAAUCAAAGCCGUUAACUCUCUUAGAAUAUAACCUAACUAUGGACACAGCCAAGCUGUUUAUGUCGUGCCUUCACGCUUGGGGGUUGAAUAAUGUUCUGGAUGAACUUUGCAGUGAGCGUCUAGGGAUGUUGAGGCCUCACCGUUCUGUCUCUUUUGGCUUGCUUUCAAGAGGCGGCCACAUGUCUUUGAUGUUGCCAGGGUAUCAUAAGCCUGUAGACCAGGUACCCUCUAGUGAUAGAACAGAGAUAGUAAAGCCCGACCCUCUGACCGAGCGACACAUCAGGGGGACGUACGGCAUUUCACGCGCAGUAACAACCCAACACCUCCUCUCCAUCAUCUCCCUGGCAAACACCUUGAUGAGCAUGACCAAUGCAACUUUUAUUGGAGAGCAUAUGAAAAAGGGGCCAGCCAGGCCACCUAGACCAGGGACUCCUGACCUUGGAAGAGUGAAGACUUCUACUCCACUUGCUAGUCCAACAGCACAAGGAUUGAUUAAACAAGGAUGGAGUCAGCUUGCUGCUAUGCAUUGUGUUAUGCUACCUGACCUGUUGGGCCUGGAUCAAUUUAGACCACCUCUCCUUGAAAUGUUGGCUCGUAGAUGGCAAGAUCGAUGCUUGGAGGUAAGAGAAGCUGCACAAGCCUUACUAUUAGCAGAGCUGAGGAGAAUUGAACAGGCGGGCAGGAAGGAAGCCAUUGAUACCUGGGCUCCUUAUUUACCUCAGUAUAUGGACAGUGUUAUAUCACCUGGAGUGACUGCAGAAACCAUUCAGACCGUUAAUGUUACUCCUGAACAAUCAGGACCUGAAAUCAAAAUUCAAGAAGAAGAACAUGAUCUGGUUGAUGAGGACAUCUCAGCAGGUACGCUGUCUGGACUUCCACAAAUUAAAAAAAUAUCGUUGUCAUACGAAGAGAGACGUAAGCAAGCUACCGCCAUCGUUCUGCUGGGAGUCAUUGGAGCAGAGUUUGGGGCAGAAAUCGAACCUCCGAAGUUGCUAACUAGACCACGCAGUUCUAGCCAAAUUCCAGAAGGUUUCGGCUCAACAAGUGGCGGAUCCAACUAUUCCUUGGCAAGGCACACUUGCAAAGCUUUGACCUAUCUUCUGCUGCAACCUCCCAGUCCGAAGCUUCCUCCUCACAGCACCAUUCGAAGAACCGCCAUUGAUCUCAUAGGAAGAGGGUUUACAGUGUGGGAGCCUUAUAUGGAUGUGUCCGCUGUGCUGAUGGGCCUUUUGGAACUCUGUGCAGAUGCCGAAAAGCAACUUUCAAGCAUCAAAAUGGGGCUGCCUCUGAGUCCAGCAGCGGAUUCCGCCCGCUCUGCACGACACGCUCUCUCUCUCAUUGCCACAGCCAGGCCACCCGCUUUCAUCACCACUAUUGCCAAGGAGGUACACAGGCAUACUGCUCUUCAAGCUAAUACACAAUCUCAACAAAAUAUUCAUACCACCACCUUGGCUCGAGCAAAGGGAGAAAUUCUGAGGGUUAUUGAAAUCCUUAUUGAAAAAAUGCCAACAGAUGUUGUGGAUCUCCUUGUAGAGGUAAUGGACAUCAUCAUGUAUUGUCUUGAAGGCUCAUUAGUCAAGAAGAAGGGACUGCAGGAGUGCUUUCCAGCUAUCUGCAGGUUCUACAUGGUCAGCUAUUACGAGCGGAGUCAUCGAAUAGCAGUUGGAUCUCGCCAUGGUUCAGUGGCCCUCUAUGACAUCCGGACUGGAAAAUGUCAGACAAUUCAUGGCCAUAAAGGGGCAAUAACAGCAGUGGCUUUCGCACCCGAUGGUCGGUACCUUGCCACUUACUCCAACACUGAUAGUCACAUUUCCUUCUGGCAGAUGAACACCUCUCUUUUGGGAAGCAUCGGGAUGCUGAAUUCUGCACCGCAGCUCCGUUGUAUUAAAACCUACCAGGUGCCUCCAGUCCAACCUGCAUCUCCAGGUUCACAUAAUGCCCUCAAACUGGUCAGGCUUAUCUGGACUUCGAACCGCAAUGUUAUCCUGAUGGCCCACGAUGGCAAAGAACAUCGAUUUGUGGUGUAAAGUCAGGGUGUGUGAAAGAGGCUUCUUCCCCCCCCCCCCCCCCCCCCACCCACAACCCACCAACCCCAGUUCUCAGUACAAAUGUGUCUUGAAAGUUCUUGUAAAUUGAUUCUACCCUCUUUAUGAUCUUAAUAUUGGAGGUAUUAAAUACCCAAAGAUUUAUGGACCAGGAUUGGCCAGGCAAUAUAUGUUCUCCUUGCUUCUGCAUAGCUCCUUUAGAGCAGUGUUUCUUAACCUGGGCAACUUUUAAGAUACAUAGACUUCAACUCCCAGAAUUCCCCCGCCAGUUGGCUAGAGAAUUCUGGGAAUCGGAAGUCCACGCAUCUUAAAAUUGCCAAGAGAACUUUAAUUUUAGAGAAACGCAAACCCAUUCAGCAAUUAGAACAUCUUGCAAGAGUUUUCUCUUUAUCGCUACGAGAAGGGAAAAAAAUAAAACAGGAGAAUUGAGAAUAUAACUUGAGUCUGGCUAGAUUGGUGAGAAUCUUGAUUUCUGCUGACUUUGAGAAAGAAAAUCACUUUCACAACUUUUUAAAGCUAGUCUGAAUCUCAUCAUUCCAAUGCUAAAAUCCUCAGAGCCUAAAUGGAAAAAAAAUUCCUUUGAAGUGUUUUGAAAUGUCAUGUUUACCAAAGCUUAUGUGUUUACACUGAAAUUCUUCCAAGUUCUUGGAAGAUCUUGGAGUAAGAAUGCUCUGUCCCUUUCUGAAAUUCUGAUAGGAUCAGGAAAGAUCCACAAGUCCCACAUGUACUCUUUUGGCAUUUUUUACCUGAAAAAAAAAGAGAGUCAUAUGGCACAUAUAUAUCUAGAAUCUGAGAUGCCUACCGUACUAAUAUCACUGGUUAAUGGCAUUAAAGACCCAUUACAUAGUUCGGGUUUGGGAUUUUGUAAGAAAAUGUAUAGAAAAGGAGAAAUCAUUUUCUUUGUGUAAUUUCUAAUCAAGAUGGAAACAAUGGCAUAUUCCCAUUAGUGAAAAGGUGAUUUUAUGUUUUUUAGGUUGGGGAAAAAGAAUUUCCCCUUCAGUGAAAAUUUACACAAGAAUACGAAAGAGAUAAUGGGGAUAAUGAUAGUUGCUGCUAUUAUAUGUAUCAAUAUCAUAUCUAUGUAUCCACAAAUGAGCUCUUCUACAGCUUCCUCUUGCAAAAAAAAAAAUGAAGACUGUUCAGAUUUAUAUCGUCAAACUCUAUUGUGACAUAAGUAUGUCACUAAUUAUGAUACAGCAAACUUAUAUCAUUUGGAUUAAUCAGAGGAAAGAGACUUAAGAGUUAGAAUUAUUUAAUAAAACAUAUCUUUAUCAUUAUUGCAAGAAAUAUGAAGAAAAGUUAACCUUCGGGUCCAUUUCAAGUGUUAUCCUUAAUCAGGCUGAUUAGCAUUCACAUAUCGCCUAUGUCUUAUAUAUUUAUUUUUCCUGAAAAACAUUGUCUGUCUCCCACCCCACUCCCUUCCUUAUACAGCUGAGGGGGGAAAAAUGUAGAAAAUAUUUUAUUGAAAUGCUGGUGUGUUAAACAUACUGUAUGUAUAGUAUACAUGUACUUCUAGACUUGAAUAUGAGAAUACAGAGAAACUGCUCUUAAUGCAUGCUGAUAAAUUUAGCAAAAAUUGCACCUGCGGAAAAUUUGAUUGUGGAAAUUGAAGGAUGAAGAAUCAAGAAGGACAACUAGAUGCAUUUUUUUUGGAGCAGAGCAUCUGUAUCCUCUCCCCAGAAAUGAAUGUUGUCCAUCAUCUUGCCUUCCUACAUAGCACUGAAACAUUCCUGGUGCUUUGCAUACAUUGAUAUUAUUAUCAAACAAUUUAGUGGGAGCUAGCAUUAUAUCAGCCAUAAUUCGUUGCGUUGAGAAUUGUUCAAAAUGUUUUACAGCACCGUAAUUUUGUGCUUUUGACCUAUGGUUUGGUGGAGAUAAAUUCAGUUGUAAAUUUUCAGUUUUUCGAGGGGCGGGGGGGGGGGGGGGUUAAAGAAACAUAUCAUGUGUGCACCUGGUUAUGAGUACUUUCCCCGGAAUUCCCAGAAUUGUACACCAUUGUUGAAUUAUAUUACAAUGACAGCAUAAACGGUACAGUCAAUGAUAUAUAGGGAUACUCCCUGUCAGAUAACUUUCUUUUUUAUUAUGUAUAAUUUCUUCUGUUAUCCACACAUUCUUUUCCCACAUUGAUUCCUUCAAUCUAUGUGGUCCCAUAGAAUGAUGCGUGAGAGGAAAAAAGCACAUUCCUUACUGCAAGGUUAGCUAAUAUUUCCUGAAAUAAACAAGACUCUGCAGAGACCCAUUUCCAAGCAAUAAGGCAAAUUGGCGAGGCAGCUUUCCAAAUUUACUAAGCUAUCUGCAUAAUGGUACUUGUUGCAUCUCAGCAGGGACUCUCCAAUCUCCUGGGAUGUUUGGAUUUCUAGCUGCCAUCAACCCAGAAGCAAAGGAUUGUGGGAGUUUGUAGCUAAAAUGUUUGCAGGGCACUUGGAGCCUAUUAUUAGUGUAGGCCUACUAAGGGCCAAAGCCUACAUUAUGGUAAUCUGAGGGUUGCCAAUUAAAAAAUGCACUCCAGUAAGGAGAAGGUUUUUGGUUUCCCUUCAAAACAUAGUCUAAAACACGGGUGUCAAACUCACUGUUGUCAUGUGACAUUUCACGACAUUUUUCCCAUUCGUGGAGCUGGGGUGGGCAUGGCCAGCACGUGAUGCAUCUGGGCCAUGGGCCGCCAGUUUGACACCCCUGGUCUAACAGUUACCUACAAUAUGAUACUAUGAAUUUCCUUACAACAACCAGUGACCUAGGGAGAAAAGAUAAAUAUAUAAUAAUAUGCAUCAGGAUCUAGACAAAAAAAUGCCACCUAUCACAAGGCAAGUUUGAAGAACCAGCAAGUGACUCCCAUUUGAUAUACAGCAGGCUCUCUGCAUUUAUAACAUGGAAGCCCAACUUAGAUAUUCCAAACAUACUACACUGUGUUAUGCAAAAGGAGAGCAAAUCUUUAAAGUUGUGCUGCACAAUUUCAGCAGGGCUUAUAGGAAACUUCCAUCUUUGUUUUGAGUGGAGGAUGUCCGGUUCCCAAAUGUUACAAUCGGCUGUAACUGUUCCUUUUAUUUUACCAUGUCUUGUUUUUCAAACAAAGAAUUUCCAGCAUUUUGAGA